UUCAUCCAGUCAGCAUAAUAACUAUGGAAUGAAGACCAUCCACCACCAAAAGCAUUCAUAUCAGGAGGCUGACAGCGUAGAGCGAGAUGAAAUGCAGAAUAUGGAGAAGCAGCACUAUAACACAAAUGGGAAAUCUGAGUAUGUGAGCCUCAAUAAAGCUGUUGAAAGUUGUUUAGGAAAGAAUAUCUCCAAAAUGGAAACUAAAUUAAGUAUCAAGCAACAGUUAAAUGCUUCCAAGAAUUGUGAUUCGUCAAAAGGUGUUGUUGAUGGAACAAAGAGCAACUGCCAAUCAGAGAUUACCUUUUGUCCAAGUCCUCAGAAUAGUUUCUAUUCAGAAGCCAAGGAAAGUUUUGGCAACACUGGAGUCAGUGAAUGUGUUAGUGUUGAUAAGUCAGUUGAAAGUGGAGAAGUUACUAAUUCCUGUGAAUUUAACGAGAGCAGGAAGACCAGCAUCUGUAGAGGAAGCACUGGAAGCGACGUUAGUGAUGAGAGCAGCACUAGUAGUCUGAGCAGUGCUUUAUACAAGCCCCACAAGGCAAAUGACAUAAGAUGGGAAGCAAUUCAAGCCAUUCGAGCCCGUGAUGGGGUGUUGGAAAUGAGACAUUUCAGGUUAUUGAAGAAAUUGGGAUGUGGAGACAUAGGAAGUGUAUAUCUAGCUGAACUAAGUGGCACUAGGACUUGUUUUGCAAUGAAAGUAAUGAACAAAACUGAGUUGGCAAGUCGCAAGAAGCUUGUUAGGUCUCAGACAGAGAGAGAGAUACUGCAGUCUCUAGAUCAUCCAUUUCUACCCACAUUGUAUACACACUUUGAGACAGAGACAUUCUCCUGCUUGGUAAUGGAGUUUUGCCCUGGAGGGGACUUGCAUGCACUCAGGCAAAGACAACCUGGGAAGUAUUUUUCUGAGAUUGCUGCCAGGUUUUACGUGGCAGAAGUUCUCCUUGCGUUGGAGUACUUGCACAUGCUUGGAGUGAUCUACAGAGAUCUGAAACCUGAGAAUGUGUUGGUGAGAGAAGAUGGACAUAUAAUGCUUUCAGAUUUUGAUCUCUCUCUAAGGUGUGCUGUGAGUCCAACACUGGUGAAAUCAUCAAACUCUACCUUGGAGACAAAAAGCUCUGGAUACUGCAUGCAGCCUGCGUGCAUUGAGCCAACUUGUGUAAUUCAGCCAGACUGCAUUCAACCAUCAUGUUUCACACCACGAUUUCUCUCGGGAAAAUCCAAGAAAGAAAAAAAGUUGAAGCCAAAGAAUGAUGUGCAGAAUCAGGUGACCCCUCUUCCCGAGCUCAUUGCCGAGCCCACCAAUGCUAGAUCAAUGUCCUUUGUGGGAACACACGAGUACCUGGCACCUGAAAUCAUCAAAGGUGAAGGACACGGCAGUGCUGUAGACUGGUGGACAUUUGGGAUAUUCUUGUAUGAGCUCAUGUUCGGAAGAACGCCGUUCAAAGGUCCGGCGAACCGUGCAACGCUGUUUAAUGUUGUUGGACAGCCCUUAAAAUUUCCAGAAUCUCCCUCUGUGAGCUUUGCUGCCAGGGACUUGAUCAGAGGUUUACUUGUGAAAGAACCUCAGAAUCGCCUUGCUUACAGACGUGGAGCAACAGAAAUAAAACAACAUCCAUUUUUUCAUAAUGUUAACUGGGCACUGAUCCGAUGUGCAAAUCCCCCAGAGGUUCCAAGACAAGCCAUGAAAGCACUUGCAGCUGAAAAGCUACCUGGAGUGAAGCCUUCUGGUAAUUAUUUAGAUAUUGAUUUCUUUUGAUCUUAUUGUCUGUUUUCUCAUUUGAACUAAUUUCCAUCUUUCAUUUCUGUUGUUUUUCCCCUUGCUUCUUUCCUUUGUAUAAAAAUCAUGCAACUCUUUCAUCUACAUUCAUUAUCGCUUGUAAUUGUCCAUCAUAAACUGUCCUAAGAACCUCCCAAAUGCAUGAAAAUUCAACAACAAAGUUUCUGCUCACUUAUUUACUUCUAUUUACUUAACA